CCACACUGAGAAACCCCAGGGGCCCAAGCACACCGUAUGAAUUCCCAGUGGAGCAUGGAAAAAGGAUGGCUGAUGGGCUGAGGCACUUAGCGAGGAUCUUGGUGCUUGUGCGUCUUGGUGGCUCAGGCUCCUGUAGCUGCUGCGUGAGCGUUAUCUGAAUCGCCCCACGAAGGAUCCUAAAUUAAACUUGAAUCUGAAUGAGCUCUGGGAAUGACCAAGAGAUACAUUCUCUGUAGGGAACCCAACCGCCUCACUCCAACGUCCAAGCUGAGUUUGGCUGGACCAUGGAGCCUUUCUCACGUCUAGAACCAAAGGCAACUGCAGAAACGAGUUUGUGUGUGCCAGAGAAAAAAUUCCGAGUCCUGGUGGGUGUGACUGGAAGCGUGGCUGCCCUGAAGCUGCCUCUCCUCAUCUCUGAAUUGCUAAAAAUCCCUGGGCUGGAAGUGAAGGUGGUCACUACUGAGAGAGCAAAGCACUUCUACAACCCCCAGGAGAUUCCCGUCCCCCUCUAUAGCGAUGAAGACGAAUGGCAGCUGUGGAAGGGCCGCUUGGACCCGGUGCUGCACAUUGAGCUCAGACGGUGGGCCGACCUCAUGCUGGUGGCCCCUCUUGAUGCAAACACCCUGGCAAAGCUCGCCACCGGGAUCUGUGACAACCUGCUAACUUGUGUCAUCCGUGCCUGGGACCUGCGCAAACCUCUGCUCUUCUGCCCAGCUAUGAACACAGCCAUGUGGGAACAUCCCAUCACAGCUCAGCAGGUGGAGCAGCUGAAGGGCUUUGGCUACACGGAGAUCCCCUGUGUGGUGAAGAAACUCGUGUGUGGAGACGAAGGUCGAGGUGCCAUGGCAGAGGUGUGGACCAUCGCCGAGAGCGUGCGGAGGAUCGUUGAAGAGUGGGACCUGCCGGCGCAGAGCUGACUGCUCGCCGUGUGAAUUGCCUUCCUGGGGACCUGAAGAUAAACCGAACAGGAAACCCAGUCGAGACGGCGCGCGUCCCUACAGCAGGCUCCCCAACCGAAGGGGUGCAGCAGUUGGCUCCCAGCUGGUGCCAAACUGCCGUGUGGUACCUCGCUGCAGGCUUUCAGAAACCAACGCCGAGCCCACACUGCUUUCGUGUGGGAAAACUGCGGUAUCUCGCAGCGACGCAGUAACGUUCCCCCAGGCCCUGUGGCCCCGUGUUUCACGUGUGAGCCUUUCUGAGGAGGCUCAGAAGGAACUGCCAGAGGUCCAGAGGUGCCCCUGGGGCAGCUGGAGAGGAGGAGGGCGAUGUGCCAGUCCUGGUGGUGGGGAGCUGGGUGUGGGGAUGUGCCCGCUCUCCAGAGCGUGCUCUGUGUCUGUGCUGCUUUCACCGUUCCAGCAGGAGUCACUGUCCAAAAAGCAUUUCCCCUCCGGGAGCUUAGUAACAGGGAGCUUUUGAUUCUGCCCCUGAGGAAUUGCCUCUUGUAGCUGCAUUGGGGGUGCCGGUGCCUAACCUGGUUGCCUGUGUGUGCUGUUGUUAUCAGAGAUGG